CAUCUAGCUAGGAAUAUUCUAUAGUGAUAUUGCUUAGUGCUUGCACGAUAGAUGAAAAACUUGUCCAUUUUGUUGUAGCAGUGCAUCGAAGAUGUCGGCUCAUAAAACAUUUAUUAUUAAGCGAAAGCUUGCCAAAAAGUUGAAACAAAACAGGCCCAUUCCUCAAUGGGUUAGAAUGCGUACUGGAAAUACCAUUCGGUACAAUGCUAAGCGUCGUCACUGGAGAAGAACUAAGUUGAAGCUGUAAUUUAGUCUUAAAACUUACAGCGAUAUCAAUUCCAUUGACUUAAAUGAUUUUCUGAUAUUUCAAAUAAAAUCCUUUAAUUUAUCUUGA